GGUAUGUGCUGUGGUACGUUGUGGGGCGCUACCUCGUGGUCGUGGGGGGCUGAUGUGCAUUGUGAGCUGCAUUUAAAUGUUGGGAGCGUUUUAUUGGUGGGACGGGUUUUGAAUUAGUGAAUUCGGAUCAGCCGAUGGCAACAACGUACCAACCAGCAAUGCAACCUCACAUCGGGAAUUGGUGUGACAAUGAAUCCAGUCGGUAGCAGAUCGGGAAUUGGUGUGACAACCAGCAAUGCAACAACGUACCAACCAGCAAUGCAACCUCACAGUGGCGGGUUGGGACAGUUUCGGACUUUCGGUAGCAGAUCCCAACCCCGAAUUGGUGUCCGGAUCUGAUUGGCUGUACAACUGCAUCCGGUCCGGUCCUUUCAAAAGUGCCGUCUCCCUCCCUCAUUUUCCCCGCCAAAAUACAGGAGGAAGAAUGGAAGAUAGCCCUGCCGAAGUUAAACGGUGAGCAAUUGAAAUUUGAUUGAAGUGUCAAAACUCAAAACCGCUGUGUAACAAUGAAUCCAGUCGAAGAGGAGGAUUUCAACCCCGCAAAUUCAACCUGGGAUACUCAGAGCUUGAAACAGCUUUUAUAUGUAAUGGAAGAUCCAGAGGUUUUAAAGGCACCACUUCUCAGAAGUUUAUAUUGUCUUCUUGUCUACUUGUUUUCAAAUUCAUCAUUGCAUUGCUCUAACAUUGAAGCGUUAAAAGAUUUGAAAAGGGAGAGCCAUCAGUUUGAUUUGAAAGCAACAUUUGCUGAUAUCUGUAAGCUCUCCAAUUUUCUCUUCAAAGAACUCCAGAGGAAGUUUGAAAAGUUAUCUGCUUGGCUCAAUUCAUCUGUAAAUAUGGCAACCGACCGAGCUAGACUUUGUUCAGAUAUUUUGACCCAUCCAGAAGAUCUAACUAUGCUGUUAAGAUGCUGUCUAAUUACCCUGCUCUUGCUAGAGUUUGACCAAAGUUUUCUUUUAGAAAAAUGCCAAGUUCUCCUUGAGGUACUUCGGAAAGUGUGCUCUCCAGAUCUGUUAUUAUGUAUUUCUGGUCAUAUGAAAGAAAAUGAGAAAAGCACUAUUAGCUUAAAGAGAUCAGUUUCACAAGAGUGCAUUUAUGCUAGUAAUAAUAGUAUCACCUCUGUGUCUGUGGUUGAGGAAUUCAACGCUUCCAUGUCUUUAGCUAAGCAGCCUUGUUCACUCAUUCCUAUUCUUUGCUUGAUGCUUGAGGUCUUUGCAGAUGAGCUUUUGGUGCAUAGACGUUUGAGACAAUAUUUUAUAGUAAUAGAUUCUGUUUCUUGCAUGGGUGAAAAUUUGUUUAUAUGUGAUAGUAGUCAUGGUGAUAGCAAUGAUGUGUUGGAGGUGGUAUCUGCUCAUUUUCUCCUUUCAGUCUCUGACAAGCAACAAUUUAACAAGUUCUUGAGCACAUUAUUUUGGUUUCAUGACAAGGAACUCAGAUUUCCAGAACUGAGCUUGACAGCAGCUAUAGUAUUGCUUGGAACUCCCACAGUGUUUUCUGCACCACCAAUAUUCCAAGUACAUCUCAUUUCCUUGAUUUCCAGAGCUGUUGGCAUUGUCAGGGAUCCAGAGGACACACGAUUAAAUCCCAGAGCUAAGAAUUGCUACAUAUCAGCAUUUGAACAUUCAGUCAUCUUGUACAAUUUACAUAUUUCUAGUUUGGAAUUUGGCAGCAAUCAUUUUGGAGGUAACAUUAAAUUGGUUGAUAAACCAUGUAUACUGGGAGGAGGGUGUCAACCAUCUUUUCAAUCUAAUGUUCGACCAGUCACAUAUAAUAGAAUUAAUCAUGAAAUCCCCAAGUCAACUUGCUCUUGGCAUUCUGGUGUUCAUGAAUCUUACUCCAAAAUGACAUCUGGUAUAAUGAGUGUCUCUAUUGCAUACAUGACAGAGAACCUGUACAUUCUUGACAAGACAUGCAGAGAUGAGAUUUUCUCAAUUCUAAAGUAUAUCAUAUCAAGGAUCCUCUCAAAUGAAAUUGCUUUUAAUGUAUUGAAUAAAGAUGUAAAUGGAAUUUCAGAAAAAAUGUAUCUUCUUGCAUCUAUACUAAAGUUAAUGAGCAGCUCAUUGCUGCAAAUUGUUUGGUGGCUGAAACAAAAUGGAAGUUCAGGUUGUCAAAAAACAUUGGAAGAUUAUCCUUCAUGUAGAGAAUAUGAUUUUAUAAUGGGUAUAAUUGGUUGCUUUCAACAGUACAGUGUCAGUCAGCCAAUCCAACUCAUCUUUUCUGAUGCAAGGGGAGUAUACCCAGGCAGACAUAAGGAGUCGAUAGUGAUGCUCAUACACAUGGCAGGAUUGUUGUUGUUUAGUUUUAAUAGUGGGCUGGAAUUCCUGUGGAAGAGUUGCAUAUUCAUGAUGAUGACAAUUAUGAAUCUAAUUACUUUUGAAGAGGGUAAUGUGGAUGGGUUGAGGUCACUUCUUGGCUUUGAAAAGGAAUCUGCUCAGCCUUUUGUUGAUAAAUCCCCAGAGGUUCUAAUUGAAAUAAGUUCUAGCGCCAUAGUUGCAAGGCAAUUCCAAAAAAUUAAGAUGACGUACUUGAGAUCAAAGGCUCUCACAAGAUACAUUGCAGGAGAAGAAGUUGUCCAAUCAGAAACUUUAGAAAAUACACUGGUCCUUGGGGAUGUAGAGUCUCAGUGUGUUCUUGGCAUAGAGGAAGAGGAUACCUGUAAUGGUGAAAAUUUUAUCAAACUCAUACAAGGAGGCCAUCCAAAAUCUGAUUUGGAUGAUUUGGUUGAUUUCGUCGAGUGCAAACAAGGUAAGGAUUAUUCCAAGUGGUUGAAGGAUCGAGAAAGGUUUCGGAAGUGGAAAUCUGAGAAAGUGGCAACCGCAAGUCAACAAAGAAAGAAAACUUUGCGGAAGUUUCUGACUGGAAAAUGAGCACAGUUUUUUAUUUUUUUACGGAUUAUAAUUUGGAUAGAAAAUCUGUGGACAAACAUGUAUAAGAAGGUCAUAAUUUAUCAGCAGGACUCUCUUUUUAAUUGUAUUUUAAUGCUGUAUUUUUAAGAGGCACAAGUUUUUUCACA